AUGGCUCACCAGGAAGUCUUUCGAGUACAGCCUUUAGGGUGGGCGAACGAUCCAGUGGAAGAACGCUUCAAAGUGUCUACAUUGGACUAUUUGACAGCCUGUACCUAUAAUAACUACGCUCUAUUCUUUCGUCUGGAAGAUGCCGACAAAAAUCGAGCCGUGGAUGUCCUGAAGGCUGGCCUUGAACGAACUCUAAGCCAAGUACGCCAUCUUUGCGGGACAAUUGAAAAGGACCCUACCGGUGGACAUUCUUUUGUCAAGAAAAAGAAUAGUGCCGUCAAAUUCUGCGUUCAAUGGCUGGACUCUCCAGAUAUCUGCAAGGACUAUCCGUCAUUUGAUGAGAUAGAAGAGGGCAAUUUCCGUACCUCCAUCCUGGGUGAUCUUCAGCGCUGGAGUGUGCCUCCUAUGACAUACGGAGAGAAGCCAGAGGCACACCCAGAUAAUAGUCCAGUCGUGGCGUCCUAUAAAGCCAACUUCAUCCGGGGUGGAUUGGUCUUUAUUAUGCACCAUCACCACUUCUCCAAUGAUGUUAUGGGAUGGACUGGGCUCACUCACCAAUUAGCCGAGAACUGUUAUGCAAUUGUCCAUCAGACAGGGUUCCCCUCGUGGGACACUCGCUGCCUGGAUCUCUCUCGUCUGACCAAGCCUGAAGUACGCGAGGAAUUGAAAGUUGAUGGCCCGCCACCGCCGGAGAUCCACCCGGAUCAUAUCCCAGCCCAGAGCUUGCUCUUUCAUUUACCCAAGAACAAAGCAGCAGAACUCAAGAAGCUCGCUUCCCCGACAGAUGGAACAUGGAUCUCUACCUACGACGCUUUUUCUGCAUUCAUCUGGCGCACGGUUACGCGACUGCGGGCCCCAAUAUUCAAGCCCGAUCUGUCCGCGCCUCUAUUCUGGGCAGAGGCCAUUGACAUGCGGCCGAUGUCGUCCACGGCACCUGUCCCUGCCCCGAGCGCAGCAGAAGUCAUCUCGGAGUGGCCGUUGCCAAAGUUAGCCUUUUACAUCCGCCAGUUGACCAACAGUGCCACGCAGGAGGCUUUGGACCUGGCACUGGAAAUGGUGGCCACGGUACGCGAUAAAACAGCGCUGAACAUUCGAAUUGAUUCACUGCCACCGAUGUCGGUGCUCCAGACGGAUCAUCGCGAUGCCAACGUUUCAAGUGCCAACUUUGGCUUUGGCUCCCCAGUUACAUACCGUCAUCUGAUGGACUGUGUUACCCAAGGUGUUUUUAUCAUUUACCCACCGCGCGAUCUGUCUCCCGAGUCGGAUGAUGGGCCUGAGUUCUCUCUUGCGUAUGAGAAGAGCCUGAAGCAGGCACUCAUCGAGGACCCGGAGUGGAAUCGGUACUUUGAAUACAGGGGUGUGGAUAGCGUGGAUGCUCGCUACGAGGAUAUCUCUUCCGUGUAA